AUGCGUGUACAAAAUAUCACGUUUCUGGUUAAAACUUCAUCGGCUGAAAAAGAUAUAAAGUAUGAUAAUGUUGAGAAUUUUCCAAAACAAAAAAGAUCAUUUCUCACAAAUGCAUUUUCAAAUCAAUUGUGUCCCUCAAGUUAUGCAGACUUUAAUAAAUUUAAAGAAUUUCAACAAAAACACAACUAUCCAAUAUUAUGCCAUCGCCCUACAGGAACUUCUUCAAUACCGGUCACACUCCUUCAUCCAGCAUUUGGCCAAUUUGUCAGUGAUUGCAAAAAUCUCAUUCCCACCUCAGAUGAUAUUAAAUUUGUUAUAACUUUAAGUAAAAGAAUGUCUUCCUUUUAUGAUAAUGAAAAUUUACGUGCGGAGGAUUUUAGAACUUUAAUUACAAAAUACUGUGACCUAACCUUCGUGGCUUGUAAAAUAGGCAGCAAAUGUUAUGUGACAGAUGGUUCUUUAGUUACAGGCGACCACUACUAUGCGAAUAUUGAGGCAAAAGUGGAAUUUGGCUCUGGUGGAGAAGGGUUCUUUCAAUCUUCAAUGUAUUACAUAAACAUGGUCCUUGAUAAUGCUAAAAAAUACACAGACUUUAAUAAAUUUAAAGAAUUUCAACAAAAACACAACUAUCCAAUAUUAUGCCAUCGCCCUACAGGAACUUCUUCAAUACCGGUCACACUCCUUCAUCCAGCAUUUGGCCAAUUUGUCAGUGAUUGCAAAAAUCUCAUUCCCACCUCAGAUGAUAUUAAAUUUGUUAUAACUUUAAGUAAAAGAAUGUCUUCCUUUUAUGAUAAUGAAAAUUUACGUGCGGAGGAUUUUAGAACUUUAAUUACAAAAUACUGUGACCUAACCUUCGUGGCUUGUAAAAUAGGCAGCAAAGGUUAUGUGACAGAUGGUUCUUUAGUUACAGGCGACCACUACUAUGCGAAUAUUGAGGCAAAAGUGGAAUUUGGCUCUGGUGGAGAAGGGUUCUUUCAAUCUUCAAUGUAUUACAUAAACAUGGUCCUUGAUAAUGCUAAAAAAUACACAGGUCCUAUGUUUUGUUUUGCUGGUUCAGCAAUCCCAAAGGAAGUUCAUAUGGACCAAUUGACAUUACCUAUACCACUUUCUUACAAUCCAUAUGAAAAAGAUAUCGAAUUGGCUGCUGCAAGGACAUUUGGUGCUUUUAAAAAAGCAGUACAUUGUUUAAAGUCUUACUAUGAGAAUGAGUUGCAAUAUAGUAUAAACCAAAUCAUUCGUAAUCCUAAUUAUGUAUUCAAAAAUUCUAAUUUUCCUCCACUUGAAGAAAUCAAAAGUAAAACUUAUGAAAUUGUUAGUUAUUUACAUGAAAACAAAAUUGUACAUGGUGAUUUAAGAAGAGGUAACUUGUUAGUCAGGAUAGAUGGAAAAAAUGAUGCAUCCAUAUUAUUAGCAAAUUUUGAUAGUGCAGGCGAGGAAGGAAGCAUAAAAUAUCCAUUUGAUAUUAAUAUUAAAACUAUCCAAAGACCACCAAAUGUUAAGGGGGGUGAAUUAAUAACAAAGCAGAAUGAUGUGGAGAUGCUCGAAAUCAUGUGGGAGGAUUUAAUAUCAGAUAAUAAUAAUUAA